AUGAAAGAGAAUGAAAAAUGGAUUGUGAAUGAGCCGAAGCUUUCCACUAGGGGGGCAAUAAUGGGACUCACCAAAACUCAAAAGAGGCGAGCUCAAAGAAGAAAGUUGGAGGCUCGUAAGGAGGAGAAAAGAUCACAUGAACUGUCUCCAAAAGAAAAGCAGAUGGAAGAGCCGUCUCCAAAAAAGAAGCAGGUUAUAGGGUCGCUUCCAGAAAGAAAGCAGGCUGCAGAGCCGCUAAGAAAGCAGGCUGCAAAGCUGCUAAGGAAACAGGUCGUGGAGCCGCUUCUAGAAAUGAAGCAGGCCAUAGAGCCACCUCCAAAAAAGAAGCAGGCUAUGGGGCAGCUUCCAAAAAGAAAACAGGCUGCAGAUCUGCUAAGGAAGCAGGACAUAGAGCUGCCAAGGAAGCAGACUGUGGAGCCACUUCAAGAAAGGAAGCAAGUUAUGGAUCCGCUUCCAGAAAGAAAGCAGGCUGCAGAGCUGCUAAGGAAGCAGGCCAUGGAGCCGCCAAGGAAGCAGGCCAUGGAGACGCCAAAGAAGCAGGCCUUGAAGCUGCCAAGGUAG